AUGCGCACUUCUUUUCUUUUUUGCUCAAGCCAAAACGACCCAAUCUGGCGGUUGCCACCUGGCCUGGGAACUCUUUCUCAGAAUGCUUGGCUUCAGGCUACAGUUGAGCUCCGUUCUGACACCACUCGAGAGGCUAAAGAUUACAAGGUGCCACCCGGGUUUUAUUUCUUUUCUUCUAACAAUUACCAAUUUAGGAAUGUUUUAUCGAGCCUAUAG